AUGAGCGACUCGAAUGGCGUCGACAUGGACGCCGAGUUGGCGCAGCUUCUGCGCGAGCAGGAGCAGUUCCUGAGCCAGAAGAAGGCGCCCGCAGCUAAAGUCUCCAGGCGCGGGGCUCCUCCCAAAGUUUCCGCUGCAAAGGCCCCCUCCGCCGCCUCAGAGUCCGCCCCAGACGACGCCCCUCAGGUGCUCAAGCGCGUCGUGGAGCGGCAGGUGGCGCCCGUGGGCCAGAAAUCGCUCGUCAUCGCCCCAGAGGCCUCGGGAUUCCCCGCCGUCAAGCGGCGCGGCCCUGGCCAGAGCCUCUUCGGGCGCAGACGGCGAGAGGCGAAGGCUGCGGCCGCCAAGGAGCCGCCACAGGAGCAGCAGCAGCCUCUGGACCAGGAGAGCAGGGACAUCGACGCUGCGAGCAGGGCCAAGCUGCAGGAGAUGAGUCCGCAGGAGAUCCUGGAGGCCCAGCAGGAGCUGCUGAGGACGCUGGACCCGGAGCUGGUGCAGAAGCUCAAGAACCGACGCAAGAAGAGCGCCCAGAAGACGGUGAAGAGCGAGAGAAGUGCUGUAUCUACUGCUGCUGCUGCUGUCUCUAGUGACGUGGUGGCUGAGAAGAAGAAGAAGGUGGUGAUUGGAGCGUCCGUGGUGAAGGAGGAGCUGGAGGACAGGGAGCAGGUGCAGAAGGAGGAGUUGAUCAAGAGUCUGGCGGCUGUGAAGACGGAGGAGGAGCUGAAAGAGCAGACCAAGCUGUUGCCCGCUGAAGAGCGCGCCAAGUUGGACUGGACACAGAGCACCAAGGAGAAGAAGGACGGCCAGGCUGCACACCACAAGAAGAUUGCGCGUCCGGUGGUGGAAGACGCCACGCUGGAACGCUUCGACAUGGACGGAAAUGUGCUUAACGCGACAAAUGAGGAGCUGCCCGCGCACUCUGGACUGUUUCACCAUGGCGACGACCCGGACGCUGCGGGGUACACGCUUCCAGAGCUGCUGCACCUUGCGCGGAGCUCCGUCGCUAGUCAGCGCGCGCUGGCACUCACUGUCGUGGCGAAGAUCCUGCACAAGCGUCAACUGCAGGCGCAAGCGUCGCUCCCAGUGGCGCCGCGCGUGUUGCCUCGCGACAUGGCGAUCACGCUGCGAAUCGUGCUCGACGACCAGAACUACACGGCGCUGAGUGCAGGAGUAUCCGCGCUGCACGCCUUUAUCGUCCCCGUUGUUACUGGAAGUGAUGGAGAGGAUUAUCUGCCGGAACUGGUGCGUGGCAACGUGGUUCUUCCGCCCCGAGUGCAUCUUCAUCGAAAUGGAGCUGUGUCUGGAGCGCAAGGCAAGGACUACGCUGCCAACACCGUUGAAGAAGUGGUUUAUAUUGACACGAGCGAGGCUGACGACGGAUCUAGCAUCAGUGACGAAGAUCUGGCGGCGCUGGAUCCGGUGCAGGCGCUCCUCAACAUGGACCUGGGCACGCGACUGCGGUACAUUCUUGAGACGAUCCAGCUGCCAGAUCAAUUCGCCACGGAGAAGAUGCUGGAGAUUUUGAUCGCAGUGGCUAGUUAUUCGCCGCGUGCUGCUCACGAGAUCAGCUCGAACGCAAGACUGAUGAAGCUUCUGCAGCAGCAAUACCUCGAGAAUGAACAGGUGCUGACUUUCCAAGAGGGCAACAUUCGCUCGCUGCAGCUCACCCUGAAGGCCCUGAAGCUCGUGCGAGUUGUGUGCCAAGGCCAACGCAGCGUGGCUUCUGCUUUGAUCUCGAGCGGCUUGAUUCAGAGCACAAAGGGCUUCCUCGCGUUGAAGGAAAUCCCCAGUGGCGAAGAAAAUGAGGAAGCAGCAGCUCUGUUCGGGAAGAUGCAAGUCGAGAGCCUUCGGAUCUGGCGCGUCCUCCUUGGAUACAGCCUCGACUUCCACUGCUUCGCGUAUUUGUUCCCCGCUCUGUCGGGCUUCAUGCAGAAUGCUUCAGGAGCACCAGCUGCUCGAAACUCGGCGCUGUUUUCGGCUUUGGAAACGUUUUGUGGGCUUGGAGCGGUGCAUGAAGCGCAGCAUUAUUUCAACCAAAUGGGGUUCUUCUUGAAUGCUGCGAAGGAUGAGGCUGUCCAACUCAUCCGUGCGCUGCUGAACGUGUCGGAGUUGAAUAACGUCAAGUCUAUCGUGUUGCUUUCCACGACGCUUAGAUUCCUCGCCGCGGCAAGCGCCCACGCUACCAAGUACAAUCUGGAAACCAGCGCUCUGAUCGAGGUGUUCAGGCUGGUGCAGUCACGCGAGGUCACGCGGGAUCUCCUUCCGCGGCUUCAGGAUACGGUGGCCAAGAGAGAUCUGUUGCUUGGGUUUGUACGCUUCCACCGCAAGAUUGUGGUGAACGGCUUGCUCUCAGAUGACAUGGAUGACGAGGAGGUCGUGCAGACGUUUUCGCGUGAAGUGAAGGGCUCUCUAGUCGCUGCAGCAACCUCUGCCGUUGCAAGUUCUUCGUCCACAUUCAGCACUACGUUGAUACAAGCCUGUGAAGUUACGCUACUGUUGGGAGAGCUCAUUGCUGAUGGUAAGAGUGAUGCUGCCAACUUUAACGCCGAGUUCGUGCAGAAGGUGUACCACCAGGCGUUGAUCCUGGUGGAGCGUCUUGGUGGCGGUGCGGAGUACCUGAUCGCGCGGUUGUUUGCAAGUGUGUUGUUCCACCAGAGCUCGCUCCAGUUGCUUGGCGUAUUCAGUGACGAAGCUGACUCGACGCGCAUGAGCCGCGUAUUGACUCCAAUCUACCAGGCGCUUGUGAACGCUCCCCACGAGCAGGAAGCCCACUCGGCGCAGAUCUUCACUGGUGUCUCGGCUUCUACCAUGUUCUCGCAUCAUCUGCGCCUCCCUCUAGAGGAGCAGUCGUAUAUCCCGAGUAACCUGCCACUGCCGAGCUUCUGGAUGGUGUGCCCGUUGUCCCGUAUCGAGUAUAGCAGCAGCAGUGCGGAUGGCAAGUCUCAGGCUGAUGUGGGUCCGACGAGGGCGCAGAGCGAGGAGAUGAAGCUGAUCGUGAGUGCUACUUGCCGAUUUGUGUUCGAGUUCGAGCGACUGGCGCCGCAGAUGUCGUCUAUCCCCUCCAUCGCUGAGUUGCGCCCGGAGGACAAGCUUUUCCACUUGAUGCACGUGUUCUUCGCUGGCAGCGACGUACUUUUCGAUGACCACGUGGACGCGGCGCUGCGUCAACUGCUUCCGAAGCUGGUCCAGCCUAUCCUGAGCUCACCUGAAGACUCGCGGCUGCUGUACGAAGGCAUCCUGCGGAAUCUCAAGCGCUUCCAGAGCCUUGAGUCCGGGGAGCAGGUCGACCCGGCUCCGACGAGUAACGCGGUGUCCUUCUCGUCGGAUGACCAACAAGUGCUGACGUUCGUGGAGAAGUUAAUGGCCGAGUUCACGGCGUCUUCCUUCGGCAACACGCACUUCGCGCAGUGCGUCACGUUGCUGCUGGCCCGUGACUUCCCUCUGCAGUUGCGCAAGUUCGUGUGGAAGGAGUUGCAGGAUUCGCAUCAGCUGCACACGCUGUCACCCUUUGAAGUGUCCAGCGCGCAGCUACUGAAGCGAUGCACGCGAGGUGGAGUAUCACCCGUCGUGGAUGACAAGUUGCUGCAGCUCAUGCAGCUGGCCGUGUGCCAGCAGAAGCUGUCGCCUGCCAAGGGUGUGUUCGGCUACUCCGUCGCCAUCCACCACCUCGUGGCCUACUUAUUCGCUGAGGACAGCGGCACGCUCAGUUUCGCGCGCCAGCAUUUCGCGCAGACACUAGCGACCGAGGCGUCUCCAGCCAUUUGGGGCCACCUUCUGAGCUACGACGUGAUCUCGAAGUCUUUUGACCUCCAUUAUCUUACACCAGCGUCGGUGUGA